GCCGUCAAAGGGAGAAGACUUGUUGCUCGUCGCUUCUCCUCGACCUCCCGCAGUAUGGCUACUGUCGAGUCGCAUUGGGAGGAGUUCUAUUUAGGAUCACGGAGAUUCCAAUUCAUCGCCGAUGGACUGGGAAUGCCCAUUGAUCAGGUCAACUUUGUGUUUGGCCAACUGAUGGCCCUAUUGCUGGCCUACAUAUUCAGAGUGUAUCUCCAUCCGUCUCAUGUAUCGGCCACAACUCGUCACUGGGGCUCUCUCCUCGCUGGGCUGGGCAUCUCCUACUUCUGUUUUGGGAAACAGGUGUUGCUGGCCUUGGCUCUAGUGGUUGGGUGUUAUCUGUUGAUGCUUCUGCUCCCAAUAACGCUGCUUCAUCAUGUGACUCUUGCUGCAUCCAUUACCUUCCUCUCUGUGAUGCACAUACAACGACAGCUGUAUGAAGAUGGGGUCUUUGUUAUUGAUGUGACAGGUCCCAUGAUGAUCAUGGUGCAGAAGGCAACAUCGCUGGCAUACAGCUUGCAUGACGGAUUGUCAGGGCUGAAAGAUGAAGAGCUCACCCCCCUGCAGAAGGAGAUGGUGGUCAGGAAGAAGCCAACAGCUUUGGAGUAUUUUGGAUAUAUGCUCAACUUCCAUUCCGUCCUUGCUGGGCCUUACUUCAUGUUUGCUGACUACCAGGACUUUGUUGAGGGGACCCACUAUGCCAAGAGAGCUCUACAGACUCCUGUGCCUGCGAGCUCUCUGGACAGCAACAGGAACAAGAGUCCCUCAGAAAGCAAGCUCACUGACUCUAAGCUCCGCACCAGGCUUGAAGAUGAGCCUAAUCCCGUGCCAGUUGCCAUGUACAAGGCUCUGGUGUCAGCAGGCAAUGCCUUUGUUACUGUAUAUUUGCUGCCGAAAUUUCCCAUUUCCUUUAUUACAGAUCCCAAGUUCUUCCAGUUGAGCUUCCUCUCAAAGACAUUUUACAUUGUGGCUGUGACCUCUCUCACACGUCAUGUCUAUUACACGGGCUGGAUGUUGGGAGACAGUAUCUGCAAUAUGUCUGGCAUGGGAUUCAACGGUUACAAUGCAGAUGGAACAGCAAAAUGGAACCUCGUCUCCAAUGUGGAUAUUCUUGGGGUUGAGUUUGGCCUGAGUCUGCGGGACACUUUGGAAGCCUGGAACAGCGGAACCAUGAAGUGGCUGCGCUUCAUGGUGUAUGAGAGGGCACCUACUCAGAAGACACUAUUCACGUACAUGCUGUCCUCCAUCUGGCAUGGCUUCUAUCCAGGGUAUUACAUCACAUUUGUCAGCGGUGCCUUCUUUACAAUUGCAGCAAGAAAUGUGAGGCGUUCGGUGCGACCCCACAUUGUGUCAAAAGGACCCAUGGCACAGAAGCUCUAUGAUGUUUUUACAUGUGUAGUGACUAGAUUCUGCUUAGCUUACUUCACUUUCCCGUUCAUCCUACUAAGAUUUUGGGGCAGCAUUGCAGUCUACAGGGACAUGCUAUUCUUCCAGUUUGUUCUGGGAGCCCUUGCAAUUAUUCUGUUGCCUGUUGUCUUACCUCCCAAAUCACGAAGCUCCAAGAAUACCAAAGAGCACCUCAAGUCUCAGUAAAUGGCAACAUUAAACCACCUCCUUUGCUGCCAAAAGCAAAGGAGAAACUAAAAGAACAAAGUUUUUCAGCCAUUUUGAAAUACAAGGCACAUAUGACAACCAAAUUAAAAGCCUUAUUUAGAACACACUCACAGAUGCCAAAAUAUAUGUUGCUGUAGUCUUAGUGUCUGUGUAGUAGAGUCAUUGGUUAGGUCUCUUCAUUUGCUCUCACAAGUGUCUUGUCAAUAAUCAUGCCCUAAUUAUAAAGUCACUUGUGAGAUUAAUGUUCUUUUUUUUUUAAUCAGACUUGAUAUUGCUGCAAUGCCUGUAUGAAAUAUGAUAUUAACAAUGGAAUGGCAGUGGUUAGUUUAGCUUUUGCACAAAUAAACAUGACAAUAUUGUAAUAUUUUUUUUUAUGUGAUUGGUUUUGUAUUGGAACUUUUUAGUGUUUUAUACUUAUCCAGUUUGUAUAUUUGUUUUCAUUGGUGUAUUAGUAUGUGUUUUUCUACAUCAUACUUUUUGGCAGUUCAACAACUAUUCCUCAGUGUUUGUUCAAAGUUGUAUUAAGGUCAGAGUGACGUUUUGCCAUUUUUUGGUAAUGGGUUUUAAUUUUACUAAGGCCAUUGGGUCUCACAUGGUCAUUAUAAUUAGUUUAUUAAAAGUAUUUUUUGGAUCUGUGCGUGUGCAUGCAAGCUUGUAGAUUUUAUUCUGUCUUUAAAAUGGAAUUAUUUUUUAUGCUGUAAGAUUUUACUGAAGCUGUUUAGGGAGAGAUUUUGUUGAUUUUCAAGAGAACUACAUCCUCUUCAUUGGCAACAGAUCUCGGUAAUCUACUAUUUCAUUAGUCUUUAUUUUCAGGCUGACUUUUUCAGUGCUAAUGUAAAGGAAAACCUUGUUAUUUGAGGAGUGUAUGGGCCCUCUUUUUUUUUUUUUUAAAGCUUAUAUGUAUAGGCAGCUUUCUUUUGAGUGAACAUUGUCAUUCUACAAAUCUCUAAUAAUUUGUCGCAACUUCCUUUUUUGUAAGUUAGAAGUUCUUUAGGCUAUCAAAUACUAUUUCCAGCUUAUGGAAAGUAUUAUUUUAAAUUAAUUUUUGUACUAGGAAUUUCAACAGAUUCACUUUUGGGGUUAAAGUUCAGUCAGAUUUAUGUAGUGUAAUUAUAUACAUUUUUGGAUGUAAAUGUAGUAAGACUCAAGAUGUAAAAAGAGUCGCAUUAUGUUAAAUAUGAAAGCUUUUUUUCUAACAUUGUCUUUUCAUUAACAUGCAGAGGACUAAUAUUGGCAUGAUAAUGAUAAUAGCGCUUUAAAGACUAUGGAGCCAUUUCUUAAAUCAGUAAGUAGAAGUUACCAGUUAUGUAAUUAUGCAGUGGAUGGACUUACUUGCUUAGUAGCUUAAGAACUAGCACAAUAUUUAGAAGUUGAAAUAUAUUUUUUCUACUUCAUUCAUCAUUGUGGUUUUAAAUGUAUUUUUUGUAUUUUUUUAUUUAUUUAUUUAUUUUUUUCCCCCUUCCCCCUUUAUUACUCUAAAUCCUGUGUGAAAGCUAAUGAAUGUUGUUAGUACAAAUAGCACUGGUAAUGCCAUUUGUUUUGCGAAUUUGUAUUUGAUAUUUGUUUUGAGAAGACAACUCCCUCUUUGGUGAAAGACAGAAACAAAAUUAAUCAAACUGAAAAUGACAGAGAAAUGAGAGGUUGUGAUUUGUUUCAGUGUUUGUUUGUCUAUGGUGUAGGAAAAUUGUUAAGUUAGUUGUAAAAAAUAUAUAUAUAACUGGAACUAUGAAAUAUUUUGAACUUUUGUAAACAAUACGUGGUUUGUGUAAAUCAAAAGCAUAAACUAAAGCCUUCAAAUGUUUGACAUGAGUCAUUAUUGUUUGGGAUCGAAAAGAAAUAUAUACAGAUUUUUUAUUUUUUGGAAUGUAACAUUAAUGGUGCUAAUAUUCAUCAACGAACAAAAGUGGAUUGAAAAUAAUCAGUGAGGUUAGGUGUUUAUUUUUACCCAUGUAAACAAAGUUUAGGAUGCGAAUAUCCAUGUUCAGGAACCCCCCAUGAAAUAUGGCUUGAAUCUUGUCUCUGAAUUUAUCAAAGAAAUAAUAAAUAAAUGAAUGAAUAAAUGAAUAGAUAAUCAAAUAAAAUGUAUGACUUGUGUGGCCUUGCAAUGACCAUGGGGAACUGAACAUGGUCUAGAUAACAAGCGAGUGGCAGGAAAGUGAGAUCUGCUGGUUUUGCAAGCAUUCUCGUUCUUAAAUAAUUUGAAAGGAAGCUUCAGAACUGUUUAUUAAAGUAGAGUUUAUAAAAUACUUUGAGCUUGCUUGUUAAGACUGAUAAUUUUGGAUCAAACUUUUCUUUAUGAGAUGUGGAGUAAUGUUUGAAAUAUGAAUUUAAGGACUUUUUUCUUCCUUUUCAGUUUAAAAUCAUUGCCUUUACAAGUUAUUAGGAUUCAUAGAAACUUUUGUACAUAUUAAACCAAAUGUAUUAUUUAAAAGGAUUUGAAUUUUCCUAAAAUCAGAGCAUUAAUUCAGCCAGGUCUCCUUGUUAUAGUUCUGAUAUAGGUUUGUGCUUUCUGAUGAUGGAAUAAAAAAUGCUAUAUUCUAUAAUUGAUUUGAUAUGUUACAGACUGACAAUCAAAUUAGAAACAAAUUUAACUGUUUGAUGAAGCUGUGAUUGUGUGGUGUGUUGAUAUCACAUUUCAUUUUCUUGAAAGAAUCUUCAAUGCAGUAAAUGUGUUAGAGUUUUACCUAAUCCAGCAUUAACAUUGUACACAUCUGUGUAUCCCAUAAUUGUUGCUUAUUACUAUUAUUUCUUGUUUAUGCCUUUUUACUCUAUACACCAAUGUUUAAUAAUAAUUCCCUUGGUUAUGGUGUGCGACUUCACUGUAGAAUCCUUUUGGAACCGUCAUCGCUAAGAUGUUUAAAUGUGAUUCUUUCCUACUGGUAUUUUUUACUAUUAUUUUUAAAAUUUUUGCUUUCCCUCUCAUUCAGAUCCUCUCCCUCCUCUUUCUGUCUUUAUUGUUUCUUUUCUUGAUUCCCACUACCAGUUGUAGUAUUCAGAAUUAAUUUUUAAUUUUUUUUCAUAAUGUUAUUUAUGUUUUUUAUUUAGCUCAAGACAGGAGCAUGUCCAAAACAUUUUAAAAAUCAAAAUGAAAGAAAAUAGGGAACACAUACUCAUCAUUGUCCCUAUAAAGAGAUUCUCUAGCCUAUUGGACUGAAAAUAAAAUAAAGCAAUGUAAAAA